AUGUCGCUUGCUGAGCUAGAGCUGGCGUCGAACCUCGGACCUCUGGUUUAUGGUAACCAAGCUCCAAAAUAUAGUAUAGUUGCCAAGUGGGCUACUUUAUUUAAAGAUGGUAGAGAGAGUCUUGAAGAUGAUCCUCGCUCAGGACACCCUAAAACCACGUAUACAGCUGAUAAUAUUGAACAAGUAAAACUUACAUCACGUUGGAUAAACCACGAGUUAACCGAUGAAAAUCAAAAGUAUAGAGUUGAGGCAUGUACGGAAAAUUUAGCCCUUUUCAGAAACGGCCCAUGGAGGCUAUGUGAUAUUGUUACAGGAGAUGAGUCAUGGUUUUAUUUGAGACAAGUUGGACACAAGUGUUGUUCAUUUGGGUAUGUUGAAAAGGGAGACACUAUUACUAGCGAAUAUCAUAUAAAAAGCUGUUUGAAACCUCUUAUAUGCGAAUUAAAUAAGCAAAAACCUAAAACGGGCACUCACAAUUUCAAAUUUCUUUAUGAUAACGUUCGACCCCAUGUAACUCAAACCGUCACAAAUUGUCUAAACCAAGGUGGAAUUACAAUAAUUCGCCACUCACCAUACUCACCAGACUUAGCUCCAUCCGAUUAUUGGCUAUUCGACUUGAUAAAAAAUGAUCACGAUACUGAUGAUGACGAUACUGAUGUCCGAAAGCCAAAAAAACCGCAUAACGAAGCUACUUGA